AUGACGACGGUUGACAUCGAUGGCACAGACUGGACCAAGAUUUCAGGAAAGGUUAUUGUUAUCACUGGAGGGGCAUCAGGAAUUGGCAAGGCUGCAGUCGAGUUUGCAGAUGAAUGUGGUGCAAAGGUCGUUUUUGGGGAUGUAAAUCGCGUCUCCGGGGAAGCUAUUGAGACAGUUUCAAAAACCAGCAAUCUAACCUACGUCUUUUGCGAUGUGACAUCCUGGGCAGAUCAACGCGCUAUGUUUGAGAAAGCAUUCAAAUUGCAUGGCAAGAUUGACGUCGUGCUGGCAAAUGCAGGCAUAACCGAGUUGAAAGACAUCUUUUCUGAUGAACUCGAACAAGAUGGCACAUCAUUAGCGGAACCUAAACUUCACGUUCUUGAUGUUUGCUUGAAGGGACUUGUCUACACUGUCAAGCUUGCACUCCAUUACUUCCGCAACCACCCCUCAGGACAAGGAUUUGGUUCCUUAGUCAUGACUGGAUCAGCCGCAGCUAUCGGGCUGAUGAGAGCCCUGAAAAGUCAAGCUAUUAUUGAGGACAGCUGGACUCUGAAUACAGUUGCACCCUGGAUGACACUGACCAAUAUGGCUAAGAAUAUCGAAGAGUUUUGGAAACCUCUUCCAACUAAUACGCCACUUAGUGUGGCGAAAGCACUUCUGUUACCUGCUACAGAUAAAUCCAUAAAUGGGAAAGGGUUUUUCGUUGGAGGCAAUGAGAUUGUUGAGGUUGAGGACGCUUUGGACAAAGCUCAGCCUUUGUGGCUAGGUGAGGCAAUGUCGAAAUCAGUAGACGAGGGACAAGUAAGGCUGGGUUGCAAAGACGUCAAACCAGGAGCAAAGGGCCAAGCAUUGUUUUCUAAGGACUUCGGUAAUUAAUUCGAUAUUGCUCCAAGAUUGCCAGUAG